UGAGGAGACUAACAAGACAAAUGGAGAAAAGUGAUGGAUGAGGAGAUUCAAUCCAUCGAAAAGAACAAGACUUGGGAGUUAACAAAUCUCCCGAAGGGCCGAAAAACUAUUGGUGUGAAAUGGGUCUACAAGACCAAGAAGAAUGCUCAAGGAGAAGUUCAGAGAUAUAAAGUAAGACUUGUCGCCAAGGGCUACAAGCAGAAAGAAGAGAUUGAUUAUAGAGAAAUAUUUGCCCUGGUUGCCAGGCUUGAAACCAUCAAAUUACUAAUUUCACUAUUAGUACAAAAUGGAUGGAAGAUUUACCAGCUGGACGUAAAAUCAGCAUUUCUGAACCGUUUUCUGGAAGAAGAGAUCUAUAUCGAUCAACUACCUGGAUAUGUGAAGAACGGAAAAGAAGAUAGAGUGUACAAACUGAAGAAAACACUUUAUGGUUUGAAGUAGGCACCUCGUGCGUGGAACAUGAGAAUUGAUAAUUAUUUUCAGAAGAAUGGAUUUGAGAAGUGUCCUUACGAGCAUGCGCUAUAGAUGAAGAUGGAGAUAGAUGGGAGCAUGUUGAUUGCUUGCCUAUAUGUUGAUGAUCUAAUUUUUACCGGCAACAAUCCAAAGAUGUUUGCCGCUUUCAAAAGGAGCAUGGUUAAAGAGUUCAAAAUGACGGAUAUUGGCCAGAUGACUCAUUUUCUUGGCAUAGAAGUCGUGCAAAGUAAGAAUGGAAUCUUCAUCUCUCAGAGCUACUAUGCAAAAGAAGUACUAAAGAAGUUUGGACUGGAGUCGGCAACAACCUCACCAAAAUCUCACAAACUUCCGCCACUAUUAUUGAUUAUAUUGUUCUACCUUUGCUGUAAAUAGAUGUGUGUGUGUAAUGUUAUAUGUGGUGUAGAAAGGAUAAAUAACCAGUGAGUGAGAGAAAUUGUAUUUUGAGUUGUCCUUAAUUUUUCAUUAUUGAAAGUUAUCUGUAUUUUCCGAUUGAAAUCAGUUGAGUGCAAUUUCUCACCGAGUUUCAAUCACAACCAGUGAUUGAGUGAGUCCCCUCCUCCCAUCAAUUCAUUUAGUAUAUAUAUGUUUUUUAUUUUUAGUAUUCAAACCUAAAAAUAGACUCGAUCCUUCUACUUUUUAAGUCUUAAUAGUUUUCAAAUUCUAAAACAUUAAUCAUACAUUUGGAGAGAUUUUAAAUUUUGAUUUGUAUUGAAUUUGGAUUAAAUGUAAUAUAAGAUUACAUUAAAUUUUGUUCAAAUUCACCUAUAAAUUUAAAUUCAUAAUCCAAAAUAUAUGAUAUCAAUUUUAUUAUUUUUGAGUUUAAAAUGAAAUUUUAAAAAUGUUGCAAAGUCCUCCAUCACUCUACAUAUUUCACCAUUUUUUAUAUAUAUCAUCUAGCAAAAAAUUGACACUAAUUAUGUUUGUAAAAUAGAAUAAGAUAAAAAUAAAAAAAAUUAAGUUUGAAUAGUAAUUAUAAUAAUUUUAAUUUUAUUACACUUCAUUUCAUUUGUCUUAUCUACUUAGGCUUAGGAAAUUGGACAAAAAAUUUGAACAAGAUUUUUAUCGAAAGUUUUAAAAGUAAUUGAUGAGGUGAAAAAUGGAGGCAUAGGGGGCACACCAAAAGUCAAAAAAAAAAAGAAAAAAGGUGGCAUGAGGAUGGAUCCACGCAUAUAUGAAGUAUGUCACGUCACACGCACACACACUAGUGCUAGUGCAUGUGCAUGCACCACACCACACCGGAAUAAUAUUAGAAAGAACAAGAACACUCUGGUAGCCUCUGCGCUUUACUUGACAUUUUAAACUAAAACUUGAGGUGCACCACCUCCCACAUCCUCGAGGACCCCCUCUACCUCCAUCUGUUCACACUCCAAACCCCACCUCCUUCUCUCUUUCUUAUAUUAUUUAAUCUCCGUGAGAUCGAUCAGACUUGUUUACUUCAGAUCACACCGUUAUUGCUCUGUUCAAUAUCAAUGGCUUUAGCUCGUUUGGCUCUGAAGCAUGUGCAGCGAAGGGUGUUAUCUUCUUUUCCUUCUGCUGCCGCCGUUGUAAGUAGCAGCAGUGAGAGAAUCACAGGUGGAAAGGAAGUAAUGUUUAAGACUACGGCGAGAGGGUUUUCCGACGACACUACUGGGUCGUCAGAAAAGGGUCGCGACGAGAAAUCUGGUGAAGGCGGAGAGAGAGAGGUCGCCGUCGCUGAAGGUGGGGGUAAGAAGUCAAAGCUCUUCUCCAGAUCAAAGCAACAUAGGAGAGGUAGCAGUCUCUGGAAGAGAAACAGAGGCCCUGAUUUCGUUCCUUCCUUUUUUGAGUUGUUUCCAAUGGGUCUCGGAAAUGCAGUGAUGCAAGCAACCGAGAACUUGAACAGGCUGUUGGAGAACUGGGCGCCAUCCCGGCUGAUAGGGCGGCUGAAGGAGAAGGACGAAUGCUACAAGCUCCGGUACGAGGUGCCGGGGGUGGCGAAGGAAGAGCUAAAGAUCACGGUGGAGGACGGCGUUCUGAGGAUCAAGGGAGAGCACAAGGAGACGUCGGAGGAAGAAGGAUUCGACGACGACGAGGGUUGGUCGUCGUCGUUGAGCUACGGCUUCUACGACGCGACGCUGGUGCUGCCUGAGGAUGCCAAAGUGGAUGGGAUUAAGGCGGAGAUGAAGGAUGGCGUGCUCUACAUUACCAUUCCCAGAACUGUGAAGGACAAGAAAGACGUGAAGGAAGUUCAAAUCCACUGAUAGGAAGGUUUUUUUUGUGCGUGUGAAUUAACAAGGGAGUGUUUGGUUUGGCUAUUGGUGCAUGUUGUUGUUUCAAUGUAAGCUUUUGUGUGGUGAAAUAUUUUGAAGUUUAAGUGUGCUGUAUUAUUUUGAUUUGUGGAGUGUUCUUUGGGCCGCCUCAGGUAAGAACAAAAUUGUGAAAAAAUAAACUACAACGCAGAAGAGGAGCAUUAAGAUUUAGGGUAAGGACCGGACAAACUUGUUGAUUUGUUAUCCUUCAUUUAAAUUUCUCUUUUGUCAUAAUAAAUGUCUUGCAAAUGCAUUUUUU